GAAGGUUUAGUUUCACCUUAAGUUUACACUGUCAAAACUCAUGUCUCCUUAAAUAUAAAUUGUUCAACCAUGUCUUUCCCCCCUCUCUCUCCCCUUUAGCUCUCUUUCUUUUUUUUUUCUUUCUUUCUUUGUAUUUUAUAUAUAUUUAUAAACAAUGGCUAUUCAUAAGAACAACUUUCAGCCAAAAGAUGCAAGGGCUAUAAGUAAUACGUAUCAAGAAGAUGAUGAAGAUAUGGAUGACUUAUUUCCUACACGGAAAGCGAUGACAGGCACUCAAGCAUUGGUCGAGUUCUUAAAGACAACAAGUCCUGAAGAGUUCCAAAGGCCGGAAAGAUCUACCAAUAUUUUUUCAAGGAUGAGAAGAGCCAAGAGAGUACCUUCCUUAUCUGCUCGAUCGGUGCCUCCAACUAGCGCAAAUGGUUCCAAGAAGAGCUAUGUUGAACUUGUACCUAAAAGUGCAGGAAACAGUAGAGCUCCCUCUUUUGAGGCAGCAUCAAUCCAGUCAUUUGUGUUACGUCCAAGCAAGAGUAGCACUGCAACAACAAAAGAUCCAAUUCUGCCCAACAAAAAGAGAGAAUCUAGUCUAUACAGUGAAUCACUCCGACACUCUUUAUCUAUCAAGAGUCAGUUGAGUACAGGUCGUAGGUUGCUGUCAAGUCACCCUGAUAGUCAUAAAAUUGCUAGAGUUGCCACAGAUAGUUUUCUGAAGGCAUCAGAAGGAAGUGAUACAGUAGAGACAGCAUUAUUGCAAAGGCUAGAAAGGAUACGCAUACUGGAUCAGCCGAUUCCAAGCGACCAAGUAGCUGCUGGCUUAGCUACGGAACACAUAAGGGCUUUAGGUAUUACACAUGUACUCGAACAGAGUAGCCAAGAGAUGAAGAGGGAUAAUAUACAUCAUGGAAAGAGAGUAAGACAUAUGCAGGUGCAGACGAUGGAUGUAGAGCAUUCAACGGACCCUAUCACGGUGCCAGAGACUAAAAAAGAAAGUGAAGAGGACGAAACCGAAGUUAGAAGACUAGAGGCAGCAUUAGAUGAAACUUUGGACAAUUUUGAAGUCAUCUGUGGAUUAGCGUACAAGAAACUCAGAGAGUUAUGGGAAGAAAAGAUGAGAUGGGAAAAUGAAUGCAUGGAGUUUAGAAAUCGUCUAUUGGCUUUAGAGCAAGAUAAGAGAUACCAUGAUAAUGACUAUUUCUUGGAAGAGGAGGAGGAAGAAGGAGAUAAAGAGGAUGACUUGGGGUUAUCUGAAUUUCCAGUGAAUUAAACAUCCGAAAUAUAUAGCGCCAUUGUGUGCAUAAUUUUUCUUUCUUUCUUUCUCUUUAAUAAUUACAAUAAUAAUAAAAAAUGAAUACAACUAAUAA